AUGGACUUGGAACAGUUCCUCUUCGGCCAGCAGCAAACCAUCGAGCCCAAGGUGGUUGAAGGUGAUGCCGAGGAUGAACAUGCUGUGCAGCAGCUGCUGGCCCUCACCAUCCACGACGAGUGUGAGAAGGAGCACGACAUCGCCGCCAUUGUGCGUCUCGGCCUACAGGCCGCGCAGAUGCUGACUGAGCCAGGAUAUUCCCUCGGCCGCAUGUCCACCAACGGCCUUCUCUCCGCGCUGGGGGUCCCCAAGAGCCUGCACUUCCCCGAGGACUCUGAGGACCGGCUCACCUACUACUUCCAGGUCAAGGAAUGGCUGGCGCUCAAGAGGGGCGAUUUUACCAGGGCGGUCUUCGGUGUCUGCUCCAACCUCCACAUCAUGGUCAACCUCCCCGAUGAACACCCGAUCCUGGUCGGGGAACGGGCCGAUCUGGUGCGGUUCCUGCGGUGGGCCGAACCGCGCUUCAGACCCAACUUCGUACGCCUGUGGCGAGCGGCACUUCCGCGGCUCCAUGGCUCGGUGAAGACCGACAUCGCCCGGGGUCUCGUAACGCUGCUGGAGAAGGAGGCCAAAUGGCGGUUUACCGUCACCUUGGGAGGGAAGUAG